UAAAUAGAAGGCUUCAUGCUGCCUGGUAAGUGUAACUGUAUAGUAAUAAGCAAAGCAGCGCCCAACUACUUAGAGUUGAGAUCGAUCAGAUAAUACACAAUAACAUUCCUCUCUUGCUCGUUCUAUAAGCUAGGAAUCAGCGCGCGGUGAGUUAAGGAAGAUGGAAUACGAGGGGUUGGUGCAGAAUGGUGCAUAUGGGAGCUUGUCAGAGUUUUUUGCCCCAGAAACGGAUUUGAUUGAUGAGCUGUUUGUAGAAGGAUGCUGGGUGGAAACAAGGGUUAAUUCAAAGUCAGAGUGGAGCAUGGAAGCGCAAAUAGAAGAAUCAGAAGUGGGGAAGAGAUGGUGGAUUGGACCAAGGGCGAAUCCAGGGCCAUCUACGUCUGUGCAAGAGAGAUUAGUGGUUGCCGUUGGGUACUUAAAAGAAUACGCCAUGAAUUCCAUUCAGGUAUGGGUGCCCGCACGGACUACACGUGCUCAGCCUCCAUACGCCCUUGGCCUUGAUUAUGGGGACGCAACAAGAGGUUUUGAGUUUGAGGAUGAGUGGAGUCCCAAUCCCAACAUUCGGUUCUUCAGAAGUGACGAGCAAUACGAUGUACGUGCUGGAUCUCUCGCCCUUCCUGUCUUUGAGAGAGGCACUGCCAUAUGUCUUGGUUUUCUCCAGAUUCUGAUGCCCAACAACCCCAACCUCCACAAUGUUUGUCAUGCCCUUCAGGGUGUUGAUUUUAUAAAUCAAAACUUGAAUGUUCCACCGGGCGUCACCGUGAAGGGUUUUGACGAGUUAUACGAAGGUGCAUUAAAUGAGAUAGUACAAGUUUUGACGUGUGUGUGCAAGGCGCAUAAGUUGCCUUUGGGUCUGACAUGGGCUCCGUGCAUCCAACAAGGAAAGAGUGGAUGCGGGCAUUCAAAGGAUGAGAAUUAUGUGUCUCUGGUGGAUGGGGCUAGUUUUGUGGCGGAUGUAGAACUAUUGGGAUUCCAGGAAGCGUGCUCUCAGUGUCACCUUUUGGGACAAGGACAAGGGCAAGGAGUAGUCGGGACAGCUUUCACAACCACCAAACCUUGUUUUGCAAACGACAUGAGUAAGGCUCUGCCUCUGGCACACCAUGCUAACAUGUUUGGCUUGCACGCUGCUGUCGCCAUUCCACUCCGGAGUGUCUCCGCUGAUUUCGUGUUAGAGUUUUUCCUCCCAAGGGACUGCCAAGACUACAAGCACAUUCUCAAUUCAUUGUCCAUGCUAGUGCAGCAAGCUUGCCGGAGUUUGCAUGUUGUGACUGUGGAGGAGGAAUUUCUGUUGCCUGUUGCUCAUGAAAUGGAAUCAUCAUCAUGGAUUGCACAUAUGAUGGAGGCCCAGACCCAACAGAAUGGGAAAGGUGUGUCAGUGUCCUUGGAAUACCUGCAAGAGCCAAAACAAGAGUUCAAAGUGACAACCAACGGCAACUGCAAUGAAAAUGAAGAAUCCUAUGGUGGGCGCCGGGGUGGCAGGAAAUCAGGCGACAAGAGACGAACCAAGGCAGAGAAGACUAUCAGCUUGCCGCUUCUUCGACAGUACUUUGCGGGAAGCCUCAAAGACGCUGCCAAGAGUAUUGGCGUUUGUCCUACCACUCUAAAAAGGAUAUGCAGACAACAUGGAAUUACAAGGUGGCCUUCAAGGAAAAUUAAGAAGGUAGGCCACACUUUAAGGAAGCUUCAAGUUGUCAUCGACUCCGUCCAGGGUGCUCAAGGUGCCAUUCAAAUUGGCUCCUUCUAUACCAGUUUUCCAGAGUUGAGCUCUACCACUGCCACUGCUAGUGCUGUUUCUCAAUCAUCCAAGAAUGUCAAUAACAAUAACGAUACUUCUGAAAAUAACCAAGGACAACUUGGAGCUACUACUUUCAAAUCCCCAACGUCAUCUUGCAAUGCAUCCAUCCAACUCCAAGCCCCCCAUCCUAUUCAAUGCCUUGAGGUACCUCCUUUGCCCCAAACUAGUGUCUGGAACACGACUACUUUUAGAGUCAAAGCUACUUUUGGGGAUGAAAAAAUCCGUUUUAGCUUGCAACCAAAUUGGGUAUUCAGAGAUUUGCAGAUGGAGAUUGCAAGACGUUUCAAUCUAAACGAGAAUAUUAACAACAUUCAGCUCAAGUAUUUGGACGAUGCUCGAGAGUGGGUUCUUUUAACAUGUGAUGCGGAUCUUGAGGAGUGCAAAGACAUAAAUAGAUCAUCUCACAACCGCACAAUUAGACUCUUCCUCUUUCAGGCUUCGCCUCUAAAUCAUGCGAAUGCAUUUGGCAGCGGCAGCCCCUCCUAUUCCUAACACCGCUUUUACUUGUUAGAGUAACUCAAAACCAUUUUUCUAUUACUUCUCUCAUUCAAUAGAUACAACGAUAUUAGUCCCAAAUAAUCAGCUUUCAAAUGCUAAGAAUCUAUGCUUUAUCCAUAUGAGAUAUUAUUAGAUACUUCUUCACUA